CAACCGAUCGGCUGUCCCUAGACACAGGUCUCAGAACUCGAUACGACCAUGAAAAUCGAUAGACUUCACCGAUUGAAGAUGCGUAUGUAUACGCCAUAGUGACGUCACGGAGAAGUAUAGAACAGGAGUGUUUUUUUAUGAGAAGUGGCAUACCGGCGUCGGUGUCAGUGUCAGUAUAGCGUUUCCCGACAAACUUCAGCUACCUAGAGAUUUGCAUAGUGUGCAUGUCAAAACUUUAGAAGAUACGUUUCCUGGGUGUUGUGUAGUUCUGUGAGAGAUGCCAAACUAGUUUUAUUUUUGUUAAAAAAUGGGCGAUAAUUGGAACUUCCUUAGAAGGGCUUUCGUUGUUGACGAUAUUCCAGAAGACUUUGAUCCUUCUGCAGACCCAGUAGAUGGGGUGCAUUAUUUGCAGCAGGUUCGUUGGGAAGCUUCGCAAUGUGCCCCCGUUGUGACUGCAGUUAUUGAUGAGGAGAAACGGAACAUCAGAGGUGUUGUCAAUGUAUUGCCUGAGUGUGAGAAGGUCCCUCCACAAUUCUUGCCAGAUUUGGAAUGGCAACAGAUACAAGUUGCGCACUUUUCAGCAGUAAGAGAGAGAGUAUCAAAAUACAGGAACAGAGAUCCACCACAAACCAGCAAUACGCAAGAAAGUGUACCAGGAAUAGGCGACGAGAAAGCUUGUGCAACGCGGAAUGGUUAUCGAAUUCGGAACAACUGUCCAAGAAUCAAGGAAGGUGGGUGUAUGCUUUAAUGGCAUGCAUAGAGUUGCCACUCACUCGAGAAAGUUGCAGCAGUCUUCGCGCGAUAGCGCGAGAAUGUGCAAGAAUUCGUGCUUAUGAAGUAAGUCAUACCGAAGAGCCUGCAGUAAUACCACUAAAUAUUUUCAUCUGUUU